CACCCGCCCGGACCGGAAGCCGCACGUGGGGGCGCGGGCGGCACGUGGGGCCCGGUGCUCCCGCCCCGCUCCCGGGCAUGGAGCGGCGGCGCGCGCCCGCCGCCCUCCCCCGGUACGGGCGGCGCCGAUUCUGGGACGCGCUGUACCGGCGGGAGGGCGCCGAGACCCGUGAGUGGCUGGGGGGGCUCUCCCGGUUUCUCCCGCAGUUGGAGCCCGAGCUGCGCCCCGGUGACCGCAUUCUCGUCCUCGGCUGUGGCAACAGCUCCCUGAGCUACGACCUGCACGAGCUGGGCUACACCGACGUCACCAGCAUCGACUUCUCCCCCGCCUGCAUCGCGGCCAUGCGCGCCCGCUACGCCCGCUGCCCUGGCCUGCGCUGGGCCGUCAUGGACAUCCGCGCCCUCGCCUUCCCCGAUGCCUCCUUCGACGUGGUGCUGGAGAAGGGCACCCUUGAUGUGCUUAUGGUGGAGGAAACCGACCCCUGGGACGUCUCGCCCCAGGCAGCCGCCGCAAUGCGCCGGGUGCUGGCAGAGGUGAGCCGGGUGCUGCGCCCAGGGGGCUGCUUCAUCUCCAUCACCUUCGCCCAGCCCCACUUCCGCAAGCCCCACUAUGCCCAGGAGGCCUUCGGCUGGUCCCUGCGCCACGCUGUCUGUGGGGACGGGGAUGCCGGUGCCUUCCACUACUUCCUCUACGUCAUGCGCAAGGGGCAGCCCCUGGACCCCCGUGAUGUGGCCUUGGGGCGCAGGCUGCACCAGCAGCUGGGCUGA